UAAGCGCCUCCAGAUGACGCAGAGAUCUGCUGAAUGCGCUGUGGCCGCGUCUCUUGACGCUUUUGACUGAACCGGGUGUCACGCGGUAGUAUUGUGACUUGCUGUUUACCUUCAGAGCCGACAGCUAACGUUGAACUUCACACCGUCAGACUUUUAGGAUUUUUUUAACCAAAUAUUUAUGAUAACAUGUAUCCCGAGACAUUGGUAAACACGUCGCGAGCUGAGCACAACUAAAUGUGGAGCAGUUCUAAGUGUUAAAGUACGGUUUGGAUAUUGGAUUUUGGUCUUGAGAAACAGCAUAUCAGGAUAUGGCUGGCAGGGGUGUAAACGAGAACACUCCUCUUUUGGACAACUCUGUGGCCUCAACCAGAUCGGAGUCAGUGUUUAAUGGCAGGAGACUGGCCUGUGCUGCCAUCCUGCUGGCAGAGUCUUUAGAGCGGAUGGCCUUCUAUGGCAUCACCUCGAACCUGGUGCUCUUCCUCAACAGCAACCCCUUCUUUUGGGAAGGGACUUCGGCCAGCCAGGCCCCCUUGAUCUUCAUGGGUGUCACUUAUUUGAUAUCGCCUUUUGGUGGCUGGCUGGCAGAUGCGUUCCUUGGCAAGUUCAUAACCAUAGCCUUGAGUUUAGUUCUAUACCUGUUCGGGAUGCUGCUUUUCCCCUUCGUGGCCUACGAUGACACCAGGACCUCUCUGUGUGGAGAAGAGAUGGCGUUCCCAGUGCAGCCAGCAGAGUGUUUUCCUGAAAAUGGGACUGUGCCUGCCAAUGUGACCUGCAUGAAUCGGCCGUCCUACUGUAGGCCUGCGAUCUACAGUGGUCUGGUGCUGGUGGCCAUUGGCGUGGGCACUGUGAAAUCAAACAUCACUCCAUUCGGAGCAGAUCAGGUGAAGGAUCGAGGUCCGGAGGCAACGCGGCGGUUCUUUAACUGGUUCUACUGGUGCAUUAAUCUUGGAGCGAUUUUCUCGCUGGGUGGAGUAGCUUAUAUUCAGCAGAACAUGAGCUUCUUUACUGGUUACAUCAUCCCUGCCGUCUGCCUCGGGGUGUCCCUCAUCGUCUUUGUUCUGGGCAAAACGGUAUUUAUAACCAAACCUGCAGAUGGCAGUGCCUUCAGCGACAUGUUCCGGAUCCUGGCCUCGGCCCUCUGUGGACGCGGGCCAAAAGAACCAAGUCUGCUCAGGCCAAAGCCAUCUCUACUGGAUGGCGCUAAGGUGACGUACGGUGGGCGAUUUUCAGAGGAGAAGGUGGAGGAAGUGAAAGCGCUGGUUAAAAUACUUCCUGUUUUCCUGGCCCUCAUUCCGUACUGGACUGUCUAUUUCCAGAUGCAGACCACAUAUUAUCUCCAGAGUCUCCAUCUGAGAAUUCCUGGAGACGUUUCCAACUCCACAGACUCCAACCUGAGUACCUUUCGCUUCCCGGCAGCUUGGCUGACCAUGUUUGAUGCCGUGCUGAUCCUCAUGUUGAUCCCCCUCAAGGAUAAAGUGGUGGACCCCAUGCUCAAACGCAAGGGCCUGGUGCCCUCACCUCUAAAAAGAAUCGCCGUGGGCAUGUUCUUUGUCAUGUGCUCGGCGGUGGCAGCUGGCAUUUUAGAGACAAAGAGGCUAGACAUUGUCCACACACAAGAUCCCAUCCCGCAGUCUCUCGGUGGAGGUACCUACUAUGCAGCCGAUCUACCCAUAUGGUGGCAAGUGCCUCAGUACAUCCUCAUUGGUGUCAGCGAAAUCUUUGCUAGUAUUGCAGGUCUGGAGUUUGCCUACUCUGCAGCCCCCCGCUCCAUGCAGAGUGCUAUAAUGGGCCUGUUCUUCUUCUUCUCUGGAAUCGGCUCCUUUGUGGGAUCAGGACUACUUGCUAUCGUCUCUCUCCAAAUCAUCGGCUGGAUGUCCUCGCCUAAAGACUUCGGUAACAUCAACGAGUGCACACUGAAUUACUACUUCUUCCUCCUGGCUGCCAUCCAGGGAGUCACACUCCUCGUCUUCCUCAUCGUGUCUGUGAAGUAUGACAAGCAGAAGCCCAGAGCAGGGAGCCACAGGGCGUCUCUGACCAACUCAUGACCCCCAUCAUCCUCACCAGCCGUACGUUCACCUCAGCCAACAAAUCAUGUGCCAAAUCUUCAAAAAUGAAGUUUGAAAAUAUUGGACUUUUGAAAUAUUUCACUUGAAGCCCCCUGUGUUUACUGGAACUGGCAGUUCUCUUGCCAUUUUAACACGCGAGAAAAUGUAAAAAAACAAAACAAAAAAGUCCAUAAUUACUUACACAAUUUUCGUAUGAAAUAGUUGGAUAAGAGGUUUGUCCACUCCAACAGUGAACUGGAUUAUGAAAUGCGUGCUUGUUGAAGUGUAUACUUUGGGGAUAUUUGUUGUUUUGACUGUGUCUAUGAGAUUUACAAAUUGACUUGCUCAUGAAAUGAAUGUGGUUUUUAAAUUGUUUACGAUGGGUUGUACAAUUGGUCAUUGGUUUAAAAUGAAUAUUUAUUGAACCUUUUAUAUUCAUAGUUUAUGCUCAAAGUCAAUACUCUUGUUAAGAUUUAUUUAAAGUUGUCCUUUUGGGCAUGUUUAUGGUACACCUUUUUUAAACAAUUUUAACAGUACUUUUUAAACAUUAAUUCAUUUUUUUUUAUUAUUAUUAUUUUUUCUCCUCUAAUUCAGGCACCAUUUGCACUGUAUUGUGUAUAUAUGGUCAUUUUACUGUAAAUUUGUAAUAGAUAUCAAUUGGUUCUGUUUUAUGCUGUUUAUGCUAAUUAGCUGGUAUUUAAAAAGGGCAAAUAUGAAUGGCUACUCAUUUCAGAUGUUAGCCAAUUAAUUUCAUGCAGAAUUUUCACAUCAUCAGUGAAGUAGUUGAUAAAAAUUGCAGUGCAAAAGACUUGAACAAUUAUUAUUAUUAUUAUUAAGAGUCAAAUUCAUAAUUGUGUCCUUAACAGUUUGUUUAAAUUUGUAACUUUGAUACUAAACCUGUGGCAUUACAAGUGUUUCUCACUUUUAGAUAUUUUAUCAGGCAUUAGAUUUCUGUUAGCUUGUUUUUAAUGAUUUUGAUCUUAAGUGGUAAGGCCAAGCAGUCCAUUGCUCUUUAUCGUGGUUGUGAUAUGAGUGCUGAUAUCAUGAAGCACACAGCUCAGCUGGCGUCUUUACAGCAGGAAUAUCUCUGCAAAUGCAAAUGAAUAGUGUUUCUUUUGGCAACACCUGCGUCUUGUUUGUAAUGAUUCCUGACCUUUUAAGAUUUGUAUAAGGCUUUUUGAUCAACUACAAACCUCAAGCUCAGAUUUACAUCCGAAUGAGGAUAUGUAGUGAGAUUACAUUUGCACUAAUCUCUAGUGGAAAAUAACGGUUAUAAUUGAGUGUAUAGAAUCAUGAAUUUUACAUGCAGGCUUAUGAUACAUCCUUUAAAAUGUAUACCUCAGCUUCAUAAUGUCAUCAUGUUGUAGAAGGGCGUCUUGCUUGAUAUAAUUUUCAUGCAAACACUUUUUGCUGCUGUUUUUGACAUCUAAUGAACUAAGUCUCCCGUCUUUGCUUUGACCACAAGCUUAACAAAAUAGUAACAACACUCCCAUUAUGCUUCUGUGCUGGUUCUUUUUGUGUGUUUUCAUACACAGGUAGUUCCUGUGGUUUUUCUUGCACUUUUUCAGCAGUUACACCUUGUGCCUUUAAUGGCAGAGUUAUGCCACAUGACCCUUGCAACUGAUGAAUCAUCCUUACAAUUUUACAUUAGCAAGUUCAAAACAGAGUGAUCAAAACUUUUUGAAUGUGAUUUGACAAACAGUAUUGACAGUAAGGUAGUUUGAAUCUAUUCAAAAUGGUGAAAUAUUAAAAGAUACAGUAUAAGGAAA